AUGGUUCAUGAAGAUUUCAUCCGGCAAUUCUUUGCUGAACGUGCUGCACAAUUUGUACAAGUAGAGAAGAAAUUCACGAACGAACAAAUUCAAUAUUUACGUCAAUAUUAUACAACAAACAAGUGUCCCGGAAUUGAUGAAAUUGUAGAAAUAGCCAACCAUUUGAAUAUUAAUAAUUUUAUAUAUCGAAUUUAUUUGUUGAAUUGGUUUUGUGGUGCACUGAUAGAUGAAAUAGCAGUACAACAACGUCGAUAUGAAGCAACAAUCACUGCGGCUUAG